UGUUGCAAUUUUAGUCCAGUUACAGUUUAAAAUACUAAUAUUGGAUGUGACGGAAAGAUAUACUAUACUCAAUGAAAUCUACGCAUCUGUGUUUCGUUGAAAUAAUCGUAAAAACGCUCGUAGUUAUCAGUUUUUCACUGAUGGUUCUGUGACCUCAUUCAUAAGAGUUGAACGAUGUGCGUAUUAUCUGUACUGUCAGUAAUUCAAAAUAUUGCAGUAGUCUUUGAAGUGUUGUAGGUAGCGUAGAGAGUUUAAUCGGAUAGAAUUUCAACUUUUUAUCUACAGAACGACAAGUAGGUAUUCCUAUAUGCAGCACGUUAUUCUGUGAAUGACUGAACGGCGGUCCUGUUUCAAGUUUUCUUGACUUUGUGGCGUUAUACCAGAAUAAGUAUCACAGUAGUUAGUCUCUAUCCUUUUAUGGGUUGUCGUAUUUCGUCGUCAAACAAUGAAAAUUUUUCCGCACCAAGCGCCGAAAUGCCGAACCAAACGACUAGCAGUCAGCAAUCAUCGGUAGACUACAAGGCUCGUCUGGAACGGAAGCAAUGUUUGGCGAAAGAGACUCCGGAGCCGAUUUACGACCUGACAGAUUGUAAUUUGAAGGAUGUGCCUUCCGGUGUAUACAUAAUGUGUAAAGUCCUUAGGAAGGAGAUAUUGUUGUUGGCGAAUAACAAAUUGUCCUCGCUAACUGGCGGAGGAUCGCUGAACGAUUUGCAAUUGUUGGUCACGCUCAACUUAGCUAGCAAUCGAUUUAAGAAACUACCAGAAGACAUCAGUAAGCUGGAAAAUCUCAGGGAACUAUUUAUAUCGAACAACCAGUUAGAGAAACUCCCAACAACAAUCAAUCGACUGAAGAAGCUGGAAUUGCUCGAUGUAUCAGUGAACAAUCUAGCUACGCUAGAGCAAGUAUCAUUUAUGCCCAACCUUAGAAUAUUGAACGUUAGUGGUAAUGUUCGUCUGACAAAACUGCCGAAUCAGCUGGCAACUUGUGAUAAUCUAGUAGAUAUAGUGCUCGACCAAAACACCAUAACCGAGCCUCCGAUGGACGUGAUCGAUGGUGGAACUUAUGCAAUCAUUAAGUAUCUUUCAACCGGUGAAGUUGCCAGCCUGCCAAACGAUAAUCGGAACGAACAGUCACAACCCACGAGUUGUAAAGCAAGUACAAUCAACUUCAUCAACAGUGAGCGAGGAGAACAGCGCCAGGAGGAGCUUGCCCGUGAACGGUAUGAGAAGGAAAGAAAGUUGUUGGAACGAGAAAGAUUGGCGUACGAAAAGGAUUAUCUGGCAGAAAGUAAACUGCACGAGCAGCAACAGAAAAAGAAGCAAGAACUGCUGCAACAACUUUUACAACAGCAGAAUCAGAGUGAUUGUCACGUUUCAAGAUUACAGGAGGAGAAGCAGUCCGAACGUCAACGCUUAAUUAAUGAUAUUCUAAAAGACGAAGAGCAUUCCAGUGAGUUGGUGGAGACGCUGCUCUCCCUGAAGAAUGGUCCAGAUCCAGCAUUUCUUGAAUGCGAACGAAGGGAGCAGGAACGCCUUGUCGAACAGCUUCGUAUUCAGCAGAACGAUUUCCGCAAACAGGAGAUUCUUACGGCUAUGACUGAUCUGCUGGAGAACGAAAUAAAUGUUAUUCAAAAUUUCCACAACCAAAGAGAUCAAUCCUCGCGCAGUAUACUGGAGCGGGAGUACGAGACCAAUAAUCUGCUAAAUAACGUAUUUCUGGAUUACGACCGUAACCGGCAGGAUAUCAUAGAACAAAUUAAUUGCAAUGAAGAAAUUCAAAAAUCAGCCGUAGCGGCUCUGAUAGCGAAAAAUGACUCUCGUACAUGGGGUCUAGUCGAGCAGGUUCGCAUUGUGGAAUCGCAGCUGGCUGCACUUACAACGUAUGAAAUCGAGCGCAAAAAAACUAGCCAAGAUGACCAAAUCAAUAAUCUCAGCGAACAGAGAUUAAAUCUUACUUAUGUACUGAUGGAUUUGCUCAAACAACAGGAUCAACGAAAACAGCAGCUUCUGGAAACACUCAAAAUUAUCGAAAAACAAAAGGAAAGUGAGCAAUCCGACUUUUGGCUAAUGCAAUAUCAAAAAUUGCUAGAUCAUCAACCGACGGAGAUAACCAACGAUACAGCGUCCAUUGAUCCAAUAUUAGGUUACCAGUUCCUGGAGAAUGGCGUAGUUCAUUGUUUGCCCUUUUUAUCGAAAAUUUGGCAAAACCGGGACAAAGAGUUAUCCAGCGUCACAGAUGAAGAUCUAGUUAACGCUGGUGUUCAAAAUCUAUUGGAUCGGCGCGCAAUCCUGGUAUCGAUUAGCAACUAUUAUGAUUAUUUGAAUCGAAGAAUAGAAUAUCCUGAGGGAGAGACUUCACCAACAGCACAAACUCCUACCGCUCCUUCACCGGAAGAAGAUCAUGUGCCGGAAACACCGAGCUCACCACCAGAAGAACCAGCUGCUGUCAGCAGCGGAACGGUGCAAUUCGCUGAGUGCGUAGUUUGUCUUGAAGAAACGGUUCAAGUUAUUUUCUUACCUUGCGGUCACAUGUGCUGCUGUGCUGGAUGUCAUGUUGAGAUAAACGAUUGCCCAUUAUGCCGGGCCUACAUUGAAAGAAAGAUUAAGGUUAUACAGCCGUGAGAGCUGUACUGUAGCAAAAGGGUUAUACGCGUCCCAAAUCAACGAAAAACGUAUUUGCGUAAUACAGAAUUUGUUGUUGAUGUUUCUUUUCUUUCCAUAAAUAAUCAAAUUUAUUUGAAUAAUUUGAUGAUAAGUUAUCAACUGAUACAUAUAUUGAUUAUGAUGCAUGCAUUCCGUGUUCACACAAUGGAAUGUUAUAGCAUUAUCUUUGAAUACGACGUAUCCGGUUUCGAUUGAAUGAAUCAAGUGAAUCGAACUGAAUUGAAUAAAAACACGGAUGCAAAGGAGUUAAUAAAAAACAUUGGAAAGAAACAGUACAUCAAAACAAAAGCAAAAAAAAAACUAUUUUACGUAAUUUAAAUUCUAUAAACGUAUAAAGAUGUAGUCCAUUUUCGAUGAAAAAAAGCGUUCAUUCCCAGUAUAUAAUUAUACCGUUUCAUAUCCUAAUAUUGCAGUUCUAGUCACAAAUUUUGCCGUCACCUUUUAAAAUAUUUCGUAGUUAUUCAAUUAUGUUUAAUAUAUAUCAAAUUUUAACGUUUUACCGAAAAUAUUACCAACAUGCCAUUUAGUCUGUUAUCCUGAAAACGUAGUUUAACUGAAUGAUUUGAUACAAAUCGGCAGUCUAUAUAGUUAUUAAAGCUUUAAUCCUUACUGUUAAUAGAUUUAAGUAUUAAACUGUAUGCAAAAAUAUCAUGGAACACCAAAUAAUACCAGAAGCAUUACCAAAAGCUCAGUACAGCCAAUACAGUAAACGGAAUUUAGCACACGUGUUAUACAUUAUAUUAUAUAGUGCCUUUUGAAAUAAAAAUGCAUUAUGACAUAAAUUGAAAUACAAAAAAGGUCGGGAAUACUGACUAAAGCAGGCAAUAGGGACUUGUCCCGCAUAAUAUACGAUAGCAUUCUAAAUACGAUGACAUUUGAGAUCCUUACACACUCCAAUCCUAAUUGCAAAUUAGGGUAAACCAAUUAAACAAAAUUUACCAUACAUAUAUGGCUUCAAUACUCACCGCAACAUGCUAUUCUUAACGUUGAACAAAUAAAAUUUUUGAAAAACGAACCAAGCUAAUUACGACUAGCAUAAGAAAUGAUUUAUCAAUUUGUUAUAUUUCUU